AGAUCAAUACUGAAGUAAGCCAGAGGGGGCGGUAAAGUCAUUUAGAUUAGAUAUGCUGAAAGUGAAGGAGCUAUGCAUGGUUUUAUCCUGUUUAUUCCCGUCGGAAUUGAGUUUAGAACGAUGAAAUGUGUGAAUAUGUUUUUUGAAUUGGGGAUAUAGACCUAUACCUAUCUUGUUUUAUUGGAAAAUAUCGAAGUAUAAAACAUGCCUUUGACAGAUAUUAUUCGCCGAGCGUCAACUUAUAUCUUGGGUCCAGAAGGAAAUAGUGUGAGAAACCCGGAUUACGAGGAUAAUGAGAUGCUUUUCUGCAAGAAUAAUGUGUGCGUGCAUCCUCCAGCUAUGGUAAGACACGAGGCUCACUUGCUACACAAUCCUGGUUAUCUUACGAUUACCACAAAGGUUUUUAUCGAUCAGUAUAAUAACACCAGAAGACCUACGUUGUUUUUAACUUGGAUUCCGAAUUCGUCAAUAUCAAAAAACACAAAUUUAAUUGAAACACCUCUUAAAGAGUCAAAUAAGAGGUAUAGUCUGGAAAGUUUAACAUCUAACGAUUCUAAUAAUGAUUAUGGAGAAAGACAUACUGGUAUAGAGCUUAAGAGCACGAAUCCCUUUUUGAAUUUUGAUGAUAGAGAUCGGUUAGAUAUGUCUGAUUUAAACUCCGAAGAAAGUGACAAACAGGGAAUUAGCAUACAUGUCGAUAUUUCUAAUCCGGAAAUAGAAAUUAUACAAACUCCCGAUAGUGUCAAAGAUCCUACAGAGUUCUUUGAAUUCUCAAGGUCAGAAUCCAUCACAUCAACCGAAUCGAAUCGUUUGUCUACACCAGAGUACCUAAUGCAACAGCCUAAUUUAUACUUUCCUGAUAGCUUAAGUAGUUCGCCAAUACUACAACCAAAACACAUUCAUAAAUGUAGAAGGUUCAGUGUAGAUUUGAGUCAAAUGAGAUCUCUGAGAUUAUUUUUUAGUGAUAAUAGCUGCACUUGUGGACAGUUAGUUAUAGCUUCAAGAGAAUCUCAAUAUAAAAUUCUUCACUUUCAUCACGGUGGAUUAGACCAUUUGGCACAAGUAUUACAUCAGUGGCAUUCUCUACUUCACAAUAUCAAAUUAGCUAAAGGUGUAGAAGAAAACCUUCCUUAUCGCCAUUUUAUGGUAUGCAGACCUGAAGUGUCGGUAUUAGAAUUGCACCCCGAAGAAGGACAAGUGCCUAAGCUGACAGAGGAGGUAUUCAGGUGUUUAUUUAAUAAAACGGGCCAGCUAGAAGAUGACCUGACGUUGAGAAAAUACAUAUUUUUUUCUGGAAUGGAACGAAGUAUUAGAAAAGAAGUUUGGCCUUUUUUGUUACACGUGUUUCCUUAUUUAAGCACGUUUGAGGAAAGGAUUCAAAUUGCUGAAAUUAGAAGACAUGAAUAUGAGGAAAUAAAUAGGCGAAGGUUGGAAUUAAGCGAAAAUAAAUUACAUCAAUUUAGAAGGAAAAUACAGAGUGUUGUUGAAGAGGAUGUAGUGCGAACUGAUAGAGGAAAUCCAUUUUUUGCCGGAGAUAAUAAUCCCAACCUGCAAAUAAUGAAAAAUAUUUUAUUGAAUUACGCAAUUUAUAAUUCGGGCUUAGGAUAUACCCAAGGAAUGAGUGAUCUAUUAGCUCCAGUUUUAUAUGAAUUGCAAGAUGAAGUUGCUGCUUUCUGGUGUUUUGUGGGAUUAAUGCAGAGAGCCGUUUUUGUUGCAACACCAACAGAUAGAGAUAUGGAUAGAAAUUUAAGAUAUUUAAGAGAGUUAAUCAGAUUAAUGGUUCCCAGAUUUUACAGUCACCUACAAAAACAUCGAGAUGCUCUAGAACUGCUUUUUUGCCACCGGUGGAUUUUAUUAUGUUUUAAAAGAGAAUUUACGGAAGGAGUAGCCAUGAGAAUGUGGGAAGCUUGUUGGGCUAAUUAUUUGACAGAUUAUUUCCAUCUUUUUUUAUGUCUUGCUAUCAUAUCGGUUUAUGCUGAUGACGUUAUUGCUCAAGAUCUUCGAUCAGAUGAAAUGCUACUACACUUUAGUUCUCUUGCAAUGUAUAUGGAUGGUCAAGUUAUUUCGAGAAAAGCAAGAGGUUUGUUACAUCAGUUCCGACAAAUGAGGGAAAUACCCUGUACUCUUGCAGGUCUUUGCACAAGAUGUGGUCCUGGAAUUUGGGAUAGUUCACACAGUCCGCGGAUAUUUUGCGUAGGACAUGAACAGCCUGGAAUGUGCAUAAAUUGAAAUAAUGGACUUACUACUGAUGUUAUUUAUUUGAUGGAUAUAAUGUUGACGAUGUUAUUAUGUGCAAUGAGUUGUUUGAAGAAAUUUUUAUGAUGGAAAAAUCAUUUGCACCCUUUCGUUGUAUAAUGAUCAAACUGCAACUUUCUAAUAAAGUUUUAACCAAAUUAUUAACAUUUUCACGGACGAAUAAUUGAUAUAAAUAGUAUUUUCAAACAACUCUUUUACUAUAGUACAAAAAUGGCGAGCACCAAAUAAAGUUUGGGUUUAAUAGGAAUAGAAAAACACGUUUCAAAAUUAUUCUGUUAUUUUAUGUCACACACUAGCAAAGCCCAAAAUGAGACAUAGUAGUUUCGCGAUGAAGUAUAAUUUCCUUCGAGAGAAAUCAAAUCAGUCGUAACUAAGGUAAAUACUAAUAAUUUCUUACCUGACUAUUUCUAACUAAGUCAAUUUUUUGGCGCUGCAUCUAUCAAUAGUUUCAAAUAGAUAUAUUGCAAAAAUACAUCAAGAAAUAGCGACAACUAAAAAUAGUUCAAUUGAAACGAGCUGCUCGGAAAACUAGUAUUCCAGAAAAAUAAAAAUAUUACCAGUAAUUUCAUUAUACUCGACGAAUCAGCUUAAUGUGGUAUAUCCUGUAUAUAACAUUUGUUAUUAUUUUUAUAUUCUAAGUAAAUUGUUACCAUAAUAUAUAGAACCGGCUCUUUCAAGUUCUAAUAAAGUGCCUUAUAGUUAUUAGCCACAACAGGAACUUUUAAUUUACAAACAACUGUUUACAGAUUGUUCUGCCUUAUUUUAUUUAGUUAUGAUAGUUCUGAUGAUGAGAAUAGUUUAUAAAAUAUUAUAACAAUAUUUUGAGUCUGUUGCGUACGUGUAAAUAUUCAAAGUAAUUUUGACCUAGAGAAUUCCUCAUAAAAAUUUUCGGCGAACUCAAUUGGCAACACUUAAUUUGAGUUGAUAGCUUCCAGCUACAUAUUUUUACUGGUUUUAUUCACCUAAUAAUACUCAGAAGAACAGCGCAACAACUGAAAGAAAGUUUUUAGUCUUUCAAUCAACGUAAAAUAUGAAUCACAUAAUUAAUAAUACGCUCUCAACAAGCCACUCCUCUUGAAGACAUAUCCGCACUUAUAUUAAGUGAAAAUACAAAUUUAAUAUUCAUUUAAUACAUAUAUUUUAUCGAUAUAUUUAUAUUCAAUAUAUCAAAUUUUUUGUUCCUUCAAAAAUGGUUACUUUUGCGAUCAAAUGAAAUCAUUAAUGAUCAAGAUUAAUACGCUCUGAUCAUAAGUUAACCAGACUUCUUUAUACCAUUUAAGUACUUGUUACCUUCUUUCAUACUUCCAUGAUACCACCAAAGUCGCCUAAAAACUUUAUAACUUUAUGUGGCCCCCCAUCCCGGACUUACAAUUCGUUGCUAGUAACUUUUUCUCUCGUCUAUAUUGCACUAGAAGAAGAUUUUGUCACUAUGUCAAAAAUGGAAUUUUUUGUUAAUUCCGCUAAUAAUAACUAGUAGGAACUUUAUUAGAUGAAAAAUCCGGGCCAUAAUAUCUUAAAUCACCAUAUCAUCCUCAUAUUAUUUGUAUAUAACAUUGUUGAUGUUAUUGUCCUUCUUGUUUGUAAUUUCGGGUGUUGCGGGUUGUUGUUACGAUCUUUUAUUUGAUCUUUAUCAAGGCUUAAAAUUUAUUAAUAUCUAUACAUGUAUAUAUAAAUGAAUGGGACCCACUGCAACCGUUUGUUUAAAUGACUUUUUCAUUGUUCCUUUGUUUUAUACAAUAAUUUUCUUAUUUGUUUAUGUUAUAUAGUUUGUCUUAGAUGCAGUGUGACCCAUUUAUUUAUAAAUACAUGUAUAGAAAUCUAUCUGAUUAUUGUUUUACUUCUAAUUUCACAAUUUUUUGUUUACUUGUUUAUCUUCAUCAACAUUUGAGAUAUUAUGUACCAUAUAUUUUUAGCCUUAAUAAAGAUCAGAUGAAAGAUCAAAACGUUGCCAUUUUUAAAAACUUUUGGUCAGUUUUAUUUUGAGUCCUCAAUCCGCAACACCAUUCGAAAUUAUUUGAAUAUGUUACCGUUAAAGUAUUUUCUAGAAUAACUAGAUAUUUCAUAUAAUAAGCGGGGAAGUUAAUUUACUAUAUAAUAGUAAAGCUAUAACCUAGGGAGCUAGAUUUUAUGAAGCCGAAAAUUUGGUUCAAAAUUUGUUUUAUUUCGCUUUACAAAAUCAACAAAAAUAUUGUUCAGGAGAAGACUAGUUUUCAUAGAAUAAAUAGUUUUCCUCCAUGCAAGAACGGAAUUUUGAAAACAUUUAUCUACUCUUUGAUAUAGCACGGAUAUAAUUGAAACAAAGUCUUUGUCAGCUAAAUUAUGAAUGUUUUUGUAGUGGGAUUGUGGCAAAAUUAAACACAGUGUUAUAUAUUUCCAAGCUUUCCAAAAACAACGGAUAUACCAAUAUAAAAAUAUGUAUAAAAGUAUAACAAUAAAAAAAUUAGAUCUUGGUGUAUAAUUUUGCCACAAUCACGCUAUGAAAACGCUUAAUAUAGACAGUGUGUUUCUAAAUUCAAGCGACAAAAUUCAGGAGGUGAUUGUUCGUAUAAAAUUAAGACAAAAUUUCCAAAGCCCGCUCGUUUCCGAAAUGUUAACCUUAAAAUGUGUUGUUAGUUUUGGGUUAUUUUUUUUUCUAAAAUUUCAGUAAAGCUAUAAACUUGAAACUCUGUAGUUUUCGUGCAAUCGCAAAGAAUCAAUCACUGGUACUUUUUCAAUAUUCCUGUUACAUUUCCAGCAUUUAUUAUGAAUCGUACGACAUUUUACAUCUUGUUUUCCACUCAAUUUUUUUCUAAAUAUUGAAAAAAUACUCUUGGUGAGUCUUUUGUGAGUGCACGAAAAUUACAGAAUUUCAAGUUUCUCACUAUACUGAAAUUUUAGAAAAAAAAUAAAAACUUAAUUUUAGACACCACCUUUUGAGUGAUAUCUCUGAAAGGGGUGCGCUGAUAAAUUUUGUGACAGGAAAAAUCCAUCUUAACUUCAUACGAACAAUGGCCUCUUGAAUGAUGCUGCGAAUUUAUAUGCACGCAAAAAUUUAAUAAUUUAUAAUUCAAAGUGUAAUACCGACAGAAAAAAUCUUAUUUUUGAACUGUGUGUGUUUUAAAUUAAAAAUAUAUAUCAACGUUACACGUUGUGUAAACUUUAUUCAUAUAUAAGUAUUGAAUAGUGUUAAAAAAACCUUAUACAUACUUACUUUAAAAGUAGUAGAUGUUUGGAAGAUUUUUUGCUCAAAAUAAUGCCUUGUAACACUUUUAGUACAGACGGAAAAAUAUGAAUAGCCUCACAUGAAGCAGAUCUGUGAAUCUGCUGCUGAUAUUUUCGAUGAAAAUGCUAAUAUUAAUUGAAUAAUUAAGUAAAAAGUUUAUUAUAAAAAUGGAGAAGGUUAUCUUUACAUAUUAUGUAUUAAAUAAAUGAAGGAAGGAAAUGUUGCUUCACUAAAUAAAAGUAUACUUUUUCAAACAAAUAUAUUAUAGUCGCGAGGCCCCUCCUAGAGUCUCUCGAUAAGGAUAUCUUAGCGGGUGAAUGCUAAAGAAGUGCUAGUUAUUCACAUUGUCGAUUUAUUCAGUUGACCACUAACCUACAUGAGACGGAUCGACAGCGAGGAGACCACAGCGAAUCGUCUACACUCUCGCACUAUCUUUCCCUCAUCUGGAUCGGGUUUUACGGAGUAGGCUAUUAAAAUUGUUUCCUACAUUCUUCUCACUCAAAAAAUUCAGUUAAUAGACGUGAAUGCCAGAAACUUAGAACGAAGUAUGAAAUUGGCAGAAAUGCAUCUUGAAUAAUUUUCAUAAAUUCAAUCUCUAGGGAUGUAACAGGGCUAUGAGUUUAUAAGAAACUUCCGUUAUGUUUGUUAGUGGCGAAUUAAUAAUCUUUAUUUUUAGUUAUAAGAUAUUAUUGGACAUCUAUUUUUCUAAGCGAUGAAUAUUUGAAUAUUUAAACUAAAUUGACGAAUACAUAUUUUUUUUGUUAUUGUUUCCAAGUAUUAUACAAAACUUCGAGCAACGCAACGUUUAAGGACUUGUUAUAUAUAAUAACUAAGUACGCAAUUUACUGUAUAUUUUAAAUGACUAUUCUGGUAAUAAUAUCGAAAUAUAUCGGAUUCCGGACUUUAACGGUAACAUACAGUUAAGUUUGUAUAUAUUCGGACUAAAUUUUAUUAUAUGAAAUAUUUUUGUUUUUUGUUGUGUUGUGUUUAAAACUGUAGAGACUAUAUCGACAUACUAAAGAUGUUAAAAGCUUGAAUGUGUCUCUAUAACAAUACUGAUUUUGUAAAUUGCAUAUUGAAUUUGUGUUUAAACCUUCAUGGCUGCUUAUUUGUUGAUAAGAUAGGUAUAUAUUAUAAAAAAAAGGAAGAAAUAAAUGAAUAAAUUUCAUUCUUGUUUUAUUGUUAAUUGUAAAAGUAAAAAAAAUUCCUAACCUCAAAUUUUAUCUAAUAUUUUGUAACUAGAUUGCAACUUGCACGCAAUAAAAAUGGCACAAAACCGAUAAUGUCAAGAACUUGGAUGCUUUUUAUCAAGAAAUAUUGCGUCUUGCAUUUCAUUGCACUUUGUAGCGCAUCAUGUCAAGCGGCCUUUAUGGAUUACGGGCCGAAAACGGGUCUUAGUCAUGGUAGGAUUAUUUCGACCGUAAUACAAUUUCGGUCAUCAAAUAUCUUUACAAAAAGAGAUAAAAAAUACCUCACUGCGAAUUAGAUAGUGAACAGCUUGUCUAAGUUCGCAUUAAAAUUUUAGAAUCAGUGGAUCAUUAAAAAGUAAAGAUAAACAAGAAAAUUACACAAAAAAUUAAUCCCUUGGAAUUUCCAAAACACGUAGCAGCUACUUCUUCUUCAAGUACCAUACACUUUGCACCUUGUAAGUGUUCACUUGUCCAAAACUUCUAAUCUAUUAUCUGAAGGCCCUUUCUCGCAUAACGAAAAAUUGUUGCCGCACCCUAAAUGCCACACCAGUCUCUUUAUACCGCGAUCUGUUCUCUCUCCACACCCGUUGUCCUUAGUACUUCUUCAUUCGUCAUUUGCUCGGUCCAUGGGAUCCGUAGAAGUCUGCACAACAGCCGUAUUUCCACUGUUUCUAUUCUGUCUAAGGACCUCAC